AUGCCCCUGGGCAUACUGCAGGCCAAUCUGAACCACGCUUGCCGUGCGCAGGACCUCUUCCUGCACGGCCUGGCUGAGCGUGGUUUCGGAUUGGGGGUCGCGGCGGAGCCAUACCAAGUUCCGGAAGCCAGUCCAUGUUGGACUGGCGACCGGACAGGCUCCGUCGCGAUCACGUGGAGGAAUGACCCCACACUCCCGCCUUGUACACCGGUCGAGGCCGGGGCGGGAGUGGCGGUGGUCAGAUGGGGGCCCAUCUCAGUGCUGGGGUGUUAUAUCUCCCCGAACGUGGGCCUCGCCCAGUACGAGGCGUUUUUGGACGGGGUGUCGGCCUGUUUUCGCCGACAGAUGCCCCGUCCAAUCAUCGUGGCCGGGGACUUCAACGCAAAAUCGACGCGUUGGGGUUCCCGGUUCACGGACGCCAGGGGCGAGGCCCUGCAGGAUUGGGCGGCGGCACUCGGCCUGUGUCUUAUAAACACGGGAAAACGGAUAUCAACAGGCGUGAGAGUCACGCGUCAUGCUUUGGCAGAGCUUUCCGCUCGAACCAAAGUUUUGCACACGCAAGCGCGAGAUGUUCAUGGGGCGUUGCGCGAAAUGUGGCUAAUAAAAGAAGGUGAAAAUAAUGAACGGGAACUUCAGAACGAACUCCAGUCAACGUCCGAGCUCCCACCACCGCCAACUAAUAUAAAUAAUUUUCGCUAA